AUGCCCAAGCCAUCAAUUCACAACUCGCCAUCGCAACAGAAUUCCAAUCGCCCAUCGUCAGUUUCCAGCCAGACUUCGAAGCCUGCGACCCCUGGGGAGCAGCGUCGCACAACAUCAUCAUCUGCUGCCAACGGGAAGGAAGGAUUUGUCCAGGUGAAGCUCCCCACAUUCCAGCUUGGACUUCAAGAGGUGCAGAACCCAACCCUCCUCCCCUCUCUUCCUGAUCCUACUUUAUCCUCGCAAGAAUCCACACCACGUAAAGCGCACACGUUGCGGGCUGUAUUGGCACCCUGUCGAGGUGAGAACGUUUUUCACUCUUUAGCCCCUCAUUCAUUCAUGCUACUUCCAUUGACAGAAGCUACUCCUGAAACAUAUCGAAAGUCGCAUAGCGGACAUAACACCGUUGCACCCACUACGCGGCCAGUUCUUGAUCCGAGGAGUGAAAUAGAGAUAGCUGGGGCAAACUAUCGUUGUGCACAGCGAACAUCUUGGGUUCCAAAGAUUUCAGGAACUGCGGCCUGGUCGAUCGACGUAAAUAGCAUCUUUUUGCCGUCUGUUUCCGAUCCUGCUCAAUCCUUACGCGAGUCCAAACCGCGUAAACCAGAGAAGUCGGCGGAUGAUGAACCGAGCGGUUCUCUUCUGUCGUCUGUCCCCAACUUCUUCGCUUGGAGCCCCACCUCUGAAGUCAAUGAGACAAUAAUUUCUAAAAGCGGUUCCACAAGACGCCCAGCUCGUUGGGAUAUGCAUCUACAUGAAAAGCUUAUUCUCAAGAAAGUCGUUUCAGCUCGGGAUCUGACCUCACGCCUGGGAGAGAUAGCAGACUCGGCAUUGGAGCGCGCUCAAGCUGAUCCCAAUUAUCGCAAGCCUGACCAGUUAUCUGAAAAAAUGAAAAGUCUGGGAGCAGCUUGUAUCAAGAAUACGAAGUACGAAAGCGAAGUGCGGAACUUCUAUAAAGAAUCAAUCGCACCGCGUUGUUUGGCAGCGGCAGGAGCUCUUGGUUUUGGGACUGCGGGAGACUUUUUGAAAUGGCAGUCUAAAGUUUACGGGCAGACACAAGCCAAGGCUGAUGGGUUCUUGGUCGUCGCUGUCCAGGGAUCCGACUUUCUUGCUCUUCCUGACAUAUCCAAAAGGCGUAUCAAGCUUCUCGAAAAAUGGAACUUGAAUGUUCUGGCCAUAUGGGAGUUUAAGAGUCUGGCAGCCGGAUCUAAGAGUACCAUGGAUGCAAUUCUGGGGCUCACUUCGGAGGAAAGCUUUUCUUGGACGGGAUGCACAUCACACGAUCCAUGCAAGUCUAACCGAAAUGACCCCGUACACCACACAACGUGCAGGAAAACAAGUCCUGAUUCCUUGCUGCCCCUCAUAGGCUCUCAACCGAAUGUCGCCAAGUCUUUUCAAGCCAAAAGGGCUAGGGCUUGGGCUGAAGCAGUUCAAAAUGACGCUACCUUCAUAGUCAUCAAUGCAGGCUUGUAUGAAAUUAUUGGAUUUCGCCAUCGAGCAAGCCAAACACUUCAUCUCUCGGACGUAAUUGACGUUUCCAAAUCUACGCCUGCAUACGGAAAGUUGCAUACUGGCUUAUAUCUCGCUGCAUUCAAAGACGCCCUCGACCGUGCACAACAGCUUGACCGCAUGGACGUUUCGGGACCAGGAGCUAUUCAUCUUCAUCGUCGCAAAUCUAACGACAUCGACUCCCAAAGGCGGGAAGAACUUCUGAUCGCUCAGGAAGAGGCAGAAUUUUUUACGACGCUGUAUGAGAGGUUGAGAUGCUACGGCAAAGUCAAAGUGAAGGCAACGAGCCCUAUUUUUGGCGUUGACAAAGCAAAACGAGGAGCCGAGAUCAUCCGUAAAGUUUUGGAGACGUCUUUCGGACGUGAAAAUCUACAAGGACUUAUACACAAGACCUGA